GGAGGAACCUGCCGCCGUCCAGGAAAGAACCACAGAAAAGGACUAGAGGAACACCCCCUGCGGCUCUCACGUGGUCAGGAGCCGUGUCUCUCCUCACCCGCGGGGGCAAGGAAAAUAAAAUGUGACAAUGAAGGCAGCAUCAGAGCACUGGGGAAAGAUGACUCCUGCCCUACACGCUGACCCAGAAAGCCCUCAAGUCCACGGUAGCACUCGUGGGCGCAGCCUCCCGCUCUCCCACUGCAGCCCUGGCUGAGCUCACAUCCAGGCCCACCCACUGCCACGCCCUGGGACUGUUACCUAAUCCCAUUAGGAGGCCCACCCAGCAACCCCUUUUUCUCUGCCACUGUCUCCUUGGUCGGACAUGGCCACAGCAGAGGGUGUAGACCGGGCUCCUCUGGUUUCCUGCUCUUAACUGUUCUCAUUGGCAGAUGUCCGUGAGCAGGGCCCCAAGGCUGGCAGAGGACCAGGUCCCCCUGAGGGCAGCCCUCCUGCUGCUUGGGCUCUGGGCGGUGCUGGCUCCAGCCCUGUGCUCUCAAGGCCGUCCCUCAUGGCGCUACAUCUCUUCGGAGGUGGUGAUACCCAGGAAGGAGCUGCACCGAGGCAAAGGCGUUCGGAUGCCAGGCUGGCUCUCCUACAGCCUGCGCUUCGGGGGCCAGAGGCACGUUAUCCACAUGCGGCGCAAGAAGUUAUUUUGGCCCGGACACCUGCCGCUGCUGACUCAGGAUGAGCAAGAGGCCUUGCAGAUGGACUACCCCUUCGUCCCUUCAGACUGUUACUACCUCGGCUACCUGGAGGAGAUUCCUUUCUCCAUGGUCACUGUAGACACGUGCGAUGGGGGUCUCGAAGGUAUUAUGAAGUUGGAUGACCUUGCCUACGAAAUCAAACCCCUCAAGUAUUCGGAAAGGUUUGAACAUGUGGUUUCUCAGAUAGUGGCAGACCCCAAUGCAACAGGACCUGCGUAUGGACCAGGACACAAGGAGGAUAGGCACCCACUGUUCCCUGAAGCAGAUGUCAGUGUAGCCCCCAGGGUGAGUGCUAGGGUGUACGCCGGACCUCAGGGAUUUGUGAGAGGAUUGGCUCAAUAUACCAAUUCAAUGUAUCGUGUGUACAACAAUGUAAGUAAGUGUGUAGGACACAUGGUAGCUACCUGUAGUAUGGUGGACUCCUUUCAACGAAGUCUUUCCACAAGGUUCUAUCUCACUGCAGUGGUGAUAUAUAAUAAAAAAGAUCCAACCAACAUGACUGAUUAUAGACUACCAAAUGGUCCAUAUGCUCGUUAUCAUGCAAGAAAUUUCCAACAACUUUUAUCUCCCACUGGAUCCUUCAUAGUAAAUCGUGAUGGACCAAAACCAGGUGAGUUUGAGGCAUCGCUGUAUGGUUUAUGUAAAGGUGAGCUUGGUCUAGUCUUUGUUGGUUAUCUAGGCAGACAUUAUUUCAUGUUGGCUAUUAUAAUAACCCAAAACUUUGGGAGAACUUUUGGUAUAUGGUAUGAUACUGAUAAUUGCUAUUGCGUGAGAAGGGCCACUUGCCUUAUGUCACAAUACCCAGCCUUGACAGAUGUCUUCAGUGACUGUUCCAUUACGCAUUGGUGGAACAUAGUAGGAGUAGGGGGCAGCUGUGUGUUUAACACAACGGUGCGCUUUUUAAAUGAAAGCAUGACAAAAAUGCGUUGUGGAAACUAUAAAGUGGAGGAUUGGGAGCAAUGUGACUGUGGCUCCUUCAAGCAGUGUUAUAACAACAGAUGCUGCACACAUGGCUGCAUGUUUGAGGAAGGAUCUACUUGUAAUGGAGAACUGUGCUGUACAAACUGUGCCUACUCUGAACCUGGAACACUCUGCAGACCAAUUAAAAAUAUAUGUGACCUUCCAGAGUACUGUUUUGGAACAACCAGUAAAUGUCCGGAAGAUUUUCAUAUGCAAGAUGGAACGCCCUGUACUGAAGAAAGCUACUGCUAUCUCGGAAACUGCACUGACCGCAGUCUGAGCUGCAAAGAAAUCUUUGGAAGACACGCUCUUAAUGCUCAUGAUAACUGCUAUACAAUAAAUCAAAAAGGGGAUCGAUUUGGACACUGUUUAAGAAAUGACAGGACAUUGAAAUUUGUUGCUUGUAGAGAAGCAGACAGACAAUGUGGAAGGCUGCAGUGUAGCAAUGUCACUCAUGUUCCACGGUUGCAGGAACGUAUUUCAUUCCAUCAGUCAAAGAUCUUAGGGUUCUGGUGUUGGGGAGUAGACCAUCAUUAUUUGCCAUAUACAAGUGAUGUUGGUCAUGUGAAAAAUGGUACCCCCUGUGCUCCUGGGAAGCUCUGUCUCAAUAGUGUCUGCAAUACUAGUAUAGAUGAAAUAGUUUAUGACUGUGACCCUGCGAAAUGCAAUCGUAGAGGAACUUGCAACAAUAGAAAGAAUUGCCAUUGCCAUGUAGGCUGGGAGCCUCCACUGUGCUUAAGUAAAGGUCCUGGAGGGAGCAUAGACAGCGGACCAAGUACAGGAAGAGUUCGCUCCGUUAAAACAAGUCUAGAAUCACUCGUAUAUUUGCGACUGGUCUUUGGGCGCAUAUAUGCCUUCAUAGCUGUACUCCUCCUUGGUGUGGCCACCAAUGUUAGGAGUGUCAAGACUUCCAGAGUUAAGGAAGUGACAGGAAAUUAGUAAAUUAUAAAGCAGCCUCCCGACCCCUGUACAACCAUUGGUAAUAUAGAAGUCAUAUCAGUGGAUGUGAUGAAAUCAGCAAUGGGAUGGCAAAGCUGAAGAUCAUGUUCCAGAAGUCUGCAGGAGAUGAUGGGGGACUUCCACACACCAGGGGCGGUCGAGGGGCAUCGACGGUCUCACAUCCGGUCUCUUUGAUAGGUUGCUGAUCAGCACUCUGAAAUAAAUCUUGAAAAACCACUUGUUGGUGUCCUCUAAUAUUUUGUAAAUUCUAAGAGAGCAAACUGAGCCUGAGACUGGCCAGG